CACACACACACAGUUGUGGUCCUGUGCAUGUAUUUUUAUAAUAUCUAAAACAACAAAUAGUGUGUGUACCAAAAAAAAACUACAGCAACAACAACAACAACAGAAUUUCCAUUUGUGGACAAAUUUUUUUUCAUUGUGUGUGGGUGUAUUCAAAUUGAAUUCUCAAUUCCAAAUUUGGUGCUGUUGAUCCAAUCAUUGCUUAAUUGUUUAAAGAAUUUUUUUUAUUUGGACCAUCAUUCUUCAGACCAUUGACCACAAUGUCUAAGGAGAAUAGUGAAACUGAUGUUGCUAAGGAUCCGGGCUCUAUGUCCAAUAGACCAACAUCUGAAACCGAUGUUGAAGGUCAUCGUGUAUUUCAUGGCUAUGGUGUUCAUGUACCAGGUUCUGGUGCAAGACGUCGUCCAGGCAGUGGCGGUAGUGGUGGCCAUCGUCGCCAUAAAAGAAAUGGCUCGAAACGUUCAAAAGAUUCGGAAGAUGAAUCUGAAUCUGAACUUAUGCGACCUUCCGAUCGAGUACAUUUCAUCUUGGGUGAAGAUGAUACCGAUGGUGGACAUGAAUCACAUCCAUUGUUUAGUGAAAUGGCCGAAUUAGUAUCAAAUAAUGAAGAAAUGGAAUGGCGUGAAACAGCUCGUUGGAUCAAAUUUGAGGAAGAUGUUGAAGAAGGUGGUAAUCGUUGGUCUAAACCACAUGUUGGCACAAUUUCAUUGCAUUCAUUAUUUGAAUUACGUAGCUGUAUACUUAAUGGUACAGUCUUGUUAGAUUUGGAAGCUUCGAGUUUGGAUCAGAUUGCUGAUUUAAUGUUAGAAAGUAUGGUACAGAAUAAUCAAUUGUCUGCCGAUGUGAUACCAAAAGUGAAGGAUGCAUUAUUACGUCGACAUCGACAUCAACAUGAACGUCGUCAUGGUGGUGAUUCAAAAAAUCGUCUACCAAUUAUUCGUUCAUUGGCCGACAUUGGAAGAAAUUCUAGUAGAAGUAUGUUCGGUUCGCACAGAUCAUUGGACAAGAUCCUGUCCGAUGUUCCGCCAUCAUCAUCAUCAACAGCAACUAUAACAACAACAACAUCAUCACCGGCAACAGCAUCCUCACACCCAUUACCAACAUCGACAACAACAACAACAUCAUAUUCAAGUCCAACAUCACCGAUUCCUUCGGGUAUCGGUGGUGGUCAUUUAUCAUCAUUAUCUACUUCAUCAACUACCGUAUCAGCUCAACAACAACAUUUCAAGGGCAAGAAUACAUUAGGUGUACCGGCACGUAAAGGUGCCAAUAUUUCUGCUCAUAGCGAUUCAUCAAUGCCGCAAAGUCCAAGCGCUCAUUCGUUACAAGCACAAGGUUCCGAUGGACAACAUUUGUCUGGUAGUGGUGCUUCUUCUACCGAUCUUCAACAUAAAUUGAAUCAAGGAUUCAUGCGAAAGAUUCCACAUGGCAGCGAAGCAGACAAUAUUCUAGUUGGUGAAAUCGAUUGUAUUGAUCAUUCAAUCGCAGCAUUUAUUCGCCUUAAAAACGCUUGCUAUCUUGGUGAUCUUACUGAAGUGCCCGUACCGACACGUUUCUUGUUCGUCCUUCUUGGUCCACACAGCAUUCCUGGACGAUAUCAUGAAGUUGGUCGUGCAAUGGCAACAUUAAUGUCCGAUGAUGUUUUUCAUGAUGUUGCUUAUAAAUCCAAAUCACGUGAUGAUCUAUUAGCUGGAGUUGACGAAUUUUUGGAUGCCGUUACUAUAUUACCACCGGGUGCUUGGGAUCCAUCCAUUCGAAUCGAACCACCGGUUCAAGUACCAUCACAAGAGACACGUAAAAAACCACAGGAAAAUAAAGAGCCUGAACUUGAUUCUGAAGAGGAAGAAGAAUUAGAACGUGAACGUUCAGGUUUAAAGAGAUCUGGAAGGAUUUUCGGUGGAUUAGUCAAUGACAUCAAACGAAAAUAUCCUUGGUAUCUUUCCGAUUUCACUGAUGCUUUUGUACUACAAUCAGUAGCAUCAAUCUUUUUCCUGUAUUUUGCUUGUCUGACUCCAAUCAUUACAUUUGGUGGUUUGCUUGGAGAUGCCACAGGGAACAAUAUUGCAACAAUGGAAAGUCUAUUAACUGGCGCUAUUUGUGGCAUAAUGUAUGGUCUAUUUUCUGGUCAACCAUUAACAAUUCUGGGUAGUACUGGUCCUGUAUUGGUCUUUGAAACAAUCCUUUAUGAUUUCUGCAGACGACAUGAUCUACAUUAUUUGAACAUUCGUUUAUGGAUCGGUUUAUGGAUGGCAUUCUUCUUAUUGGUCAUGGUGGCAUUAGAUUAUAGUGCAUUAGUGUGUUACAUAACUCGAUUUACUGAAGAAAAUUUUGCCACAUUGAUUUCAGUCAUUUUCAUCUUUAAAGCAUUUGAAAAUUUAUUUCAUAUUGGCAAAGAAUAUCCAGUGGAUAGGCAUCCUGACAUACCCAAGAAUUAUCUUUGUAAUUGUUCAAUAGAUGGAGAAAUGUAUGAAUUACAGCGAACGCUUAGGAAUGAAACAGCACUUAAAGAAUGCAAAAUAUUGGGCGGAACAUUGGUUGGCGAUGGCUGUAUGACGCCUACUUAUUUGCCAAAUGUUUUCCUCUUUUCAUGCAUAUUAUUCACAGCAACAUAUGCAAUCUCCGUUUUCUUGAAAGAAUUCAAAACGGCACCAUUUUUUUCAACAAAAGUACGACAGAUCAUUUCAGAUUUUGCUGUCGUAAUUGCUAUUGCUUCGAUGACUGCAUUUGAUAUGUGGGUUCAUGUUCCAACACCGAAAUUAUUUGUACCGGCCGAAUUCAAACCAACACGUGAUGAUCGUGGCUGGCUUGUACCGUUUUUCCAUGAAAAGAAUCCUGUUUGGUUGAUUCCUCUAUGUUGUAUACCAGCCUGUUUCUCCACUAUUCUCAUAUUUAUGGAUCAACAGAUUACGGCUGUCAUUAUUAAUCGCAAAGAAUAUCGACUCAAGAAAGGAUGUGGUUAUCAUUUGGAUUUGUUUAUUUUAUGCAUCUUGGUCGCUAUUGCUUCAGUAAUGGGUCUACCAUGGUUUGUUGCCGCCACUGUACUUGCCAUGACGCACGUCAAUUCAUUAAAAGUAGAAUCACAAACAUCAGCUCCUGGUGAAAAGCCACAAUUUUUGGGUGUCCUCGAACAACGUGUGACGAAUAUCAUCAUCUUCUUAUUAUGUGGUUUGUCGGUAUUUUUCACGCCAUUACUCAAACAUAUUCCCAUGCCCGUAUUGUUUGGCGUAUUCUUAUAUAUGGGUACCUCUUCAUUAAAAGGAUCACAGUUUUUCGAACGUAUCCUCAUCAUAUUUAUGCCACAAAAAUACCAACCAGAUUAUAUAUUCCUACGACAUGUUCCAACAUGGAAAGUGCAUAUAUUCACUUUGAUCCAGCUUCUUUGCUUCGCAUUAUUGUGGGCAGUUAAAUCAUAUAAAAAGAUUUCAAUCAUGUUCCCGCUCAUGUUAUUAGUUAUUGUCAUUGUCCGUAAAUUAUUAGAUUUUGUUUUCACUCGUCAAGAGUUGAAAAUUUUGGAUGACAUUAUGCCUGAAUCGACAAAACGAAAGAAGAUUGAAGAGAAAGAAUUAUUGAAAAAGAAUGAUGAUGAUAGUUCAGCACCAGGUGGUGGCGGUGUCGUUGGUGGUGUUGGUACUGUAGCUGGUGCUACUGCUGGAUUAGUACCAAAUACAAGCUCAGGAAAUGUGACCAUACCAUUAGCCAAUGGAAAUGUAUUGAAAAUUCCUGUUAAUAAAAUCGGUACCGAAGAGGAAAAAGAACCAGAUAUAAACAUUACUGAACAAUUAUCUAAAUCUAAUGCAUGGCGUUCAAUUAAUCACGAUACAAAUGGUACAACCAAAACACAUGGAAAACCACCAACCAAUGCAACAAAUGGUCAAAAGAAAAAAAAUCGUGUGAAUAAAAAAGAUGCCAAAAGUGAUGAGGAACAAAAACGUCUAUCAACAAUGAGAGAAGAGGAUGAUGAAGAAGAUUGUGGUAUAACCAUAAAAGUUGAUGCACCAACACCAGUGCCUACUGCAAUUAGUUCACCUAAAGAUGAAUCGUCCAAUAGUAAUGAAACACCAGUUUAAAAUUAACAGCGAAAAAAAAAAAAACUAAACCACCAAUUCAGAUAAAAAAAUUUUAAUCAACGGCAGCAAACAAACAAACA